UUUCGGUUUCUCUUUGUGUUUGUCUUUCUGGGCGGAGAUGGAGGGCUGGGACUGCGAGGACCCCAAGGCUUCUCUCCUGGGGACGAGCCCCCCUCCCCGCAGGGCCCCGGGACCCCCGCCCGCCCCCUCCUGCCAAUGGCUCUGCUGGCUUUGCCGCCCGGUCAUCUGGUGCUGGAACCUCUGCUGCAGAGUGGUGGUGGGUGCUGCGCGGCUGUGUGUGCGGCUAUGGCGUUGGCUGUUUUGUCAAAGGAAGGCUGAAUCCCAGGAGUGGGAGAACCGAAGGUGGUGGUGGUUGCCGUGGACUGAAACAAAGCUGCCCAUCCAGAUCCGUGUCACUGGGCGGACAGGUGACUGUGAGCAUCAGUUCUUAAAGAAGGUCUCCGACCGCGUUUCCCGUCACCUUAUCCAUCUCAAGAAGGAUGAUUUCUCUGCCCACUUCCUGCUGGUCUUCUGCCCGGUGGUUUCUCGGAUGGGCACCGACAUGGACGAUGCUCUGGAGGGUCUCAAUAGUGAGACGAAGAAGACUAUCCUGGUGCUACUGCACCACAUGCCGAAGGAGAUCACCCGCCACAUGGACACCAAGCAGCAGGCGCAUCACCCGGCCGUGGUGCGCACUGUCCACACUCGCUACACGCUCGAAGAGGGCCUCUAUGAUAGCCAGGUGAACAAGGAGGCCGUGGACGAUGUGGCCGAAAUCUUCAAAAACCACUGCGGAGAGAGGAGGGGGACCUUGCGAUCCGUGGUGCUCUGCCUGUAUGUUGUGUUCUGGCGUGCUGUCACAAUCAUGAUAGCUGCCAUGAGCUUCAUGGCCGUGAGAAUGGCAGGGCACAUGGGAUAAGGAGGAGGAGGAUAAUAUUAAUUCUUGCCACAUGUAAGCUGCUCUGAGUCCCCUUUAGGGGUGAGAAGGGCAGAGUAUAAAUAUAGUAAGUAAGCAAGUAAAUAAAUUUCUUAUUACAAUUC